AUGCAUCCAUUCGCUGAAGAAUUCUUUUACGUUACGAGUGGUAACCGAAUGAAAGUAGCAUUCAUUGAUAAUACAAGUGAAAAGCUGAUUGCAACUGAGCUGCGAGAAGGUCAAGCUACAGUUGUUCCACGUGAUUCUGUUCAUUAUCAACAAAAUUUAGACUGUAAACCGGCCGUGACUCUAUCGUUGUUCAAUGGUGCGAAUCCGUUGGCGUUGCUUCCAUUCCGAAAUUCAUUUUCUAAUAUACCCAAUGAUGUAAUUGAAGCAAGUUUAGGGGGAGGGAAAAUGAUAAAUAACAAAUUAAUUAACCACAUCAAAUCCCAAAUAGCGAAUGUAACAUCAUUAGUAAACGUUGAAUGUUUAAAACGUUGUGGACUUGAUAAACCAACAAGACCGAAAAAGCGUUAG